AUGCUGUGGCUGCUCACGCUGCCGUUCGCGCUCUGGGACGGCAUGGGGUGGGCCGCCGUGCCCGCGGUGGCGCUCAUGUCGUACCUGAUGCUCGGGAUCGACGAGAUCGGCGUGCAGAUCGAGGAGCCGUUCGGGGUGCUGCCGGUGAAGCCGCUGUGCGACGCGUGCGAGAGGGACGUGCGCGCGCUGGACGCGGCGUUGGGGUUGGGCGCGUUUGCCGCCACGUCAUCGACCGCCACGUCAGCGUCCGCCACGUCAGCGUCCGAGGCGACGCGGCGCGAGGGCGACGGCGCGGGGGGAACGGCGACCGCGGCGACGGCGACGGCGACGGCGAGCCCCCGCGUUCGCAUCCGCUCGCGCGCGCGCGCCGCCCGCUUCCGAGCGUCGUCCCGCCUCCGACUGGUUCCCGUACGACCGCGUUCGCGUCGUGAACUUCAUUCCUUCAGGGCUUUCUCUCCCGGCCUCCGUCUUCUUCGCCCCCCCCGCGCGCUUCCCGCGGGCCGGUCGUCGGUCGACGCCUUCGGGGAGGCGACGGACGACGACGACGACGACGACGACGACGACGACGCGGCGUCCCCCGAGCCGCUGUUGAUCGUGGUGGAGUGCGACGGCGUGCUGUGCGACGUGCACCUCGACGGCCACCGCGAGGCGUUCAACGAGGUGCGUCCCAUCUCACACCAGUCCCCAUACGACCGCGUUCGCGUGGUGAACGCGAUUCCUUAA